AACCGUCCAAGUUAGGUCGUUACUAUGGAAAAUUUGUUUUCUGAAACGAUGUAGUACAGUGCUACAUAAUGGCGUAAUCUAACUGGAAAUAUCGAUGAGAUUAGUUUUUUUUUUAUCUGGGAUUUCAGAGCUGUAGAUAGAUAAUCAAGCAUACAGUUGCACUAUAACAGACGUAUCGGUUACGUUACUUAGCUAAAAUUGCCGAGAAUAGACAAAACAUUGCUGUGUUAGCUAGCUAGCUGUACCGUUAACUGUCAUAGCUAACGUUAAGCCAAAGACGGUCAUCUCCAGUGCAAAAAUUGGUCCUUCUUUAUAGUUACAUUAGUUCUAACGUCAUUUUUAAAUUCCAAAGAUGAGCGAACAACUGAAAUUUAUCGUUGAACAGCUCAACAGAGAGCCCUUCAAGAAAAGUUUCAACUUGAUCACGUUUGACUCCCAGGAGCCGAUGCAACUGUUGCAAAUUCUCAAUGACGUCUUGGCAGAAAUCGACCCCAAGCAAGCUAUUGACAUCCGUGAGGAGUUGCCCGAGCAGACGACCAAAAGGAUGAUCACCUUACUGGGGAUGCUCAAGUACAAACCACCGGGGAGCCUCUCUGAAGCGAGCAGCUUCCGGCAGGGCCUGGUGAUGGGCAGUAAGCCGGUGGUCCACCACAUCCUCUUCUGGCUGCUGCAGAAGCUGCCGGAGCUCAAGAAGAGGGCCUACCUGGCCCGCUUCCUGGUCAAGCUCGAGGUGCCCGCUGACUUCCUGCAGGACGAUGUCAUUGCAGACACCUACCACCAGUAUGAGGAGCUGGUGGAGGGCUUUAAGACUUACCACAAGGAUUGUGAGCAGCUGAAAAGUUCUGGUUUUUCCACCGCAGAGAUCCGCCGGGAUAUCACAGCGAUGGAGGAGGAGAAGGAACAGCUGAUCAAACGUGUGGAGAGGCUGAGGAAGCGCGUGGAGAGCGUGUCCAACCAUCAGCGCAUGCUGGAGCUGACCAGGCAGCUCAGGGUGGAGAAGGAGCGGGAGGAGGCCCUCGCCCAACAGAAACAGGAGCAGAAGAACCAGCUCUUUCAGGCUGAGCAGAGGCUGCAGAGGGCCCAGUUGCAGCUGAAGGACCUGAACCAGGCAGCAGCAGAUGCCAAGCCUGAGAGUGUGAUGAAGAGGCUGGAGGAGGAGAUCAAGUUCAACAGCUACAUGGUGACAGACAAGCUGCCCAAGGAGGUGCAGAGCAAGCGUGUGGCCGUGCAGUACCUGCAGAAGGUGGCGUCCGAGCCCGCCAUGGGACAGGCCGAGCUGGCCCAGCUGGAGGACAAGAUCCGUGAGGCCAACAUUCAGAUCAACCAGCUGAUUGAGAAGAGAAUGAUGCGGAAUGACCCCAUGGAUGACAAGCUCUCUCUGUUCAGACAGCAGGCCUCCAUCAUCUCGCGUAAGAAGGAGGCGCGGGCGGAGGAGCUGCAGGAGGCGCGGGAGGAGCUGGGCACUCUGGAGAGAGAGCUCCACAUGAAGAGCAGUCAGGCUCGCGGCCAGGACGGAGCGCAGUUCAUCAGAGGAGACGAGUUCAAGCGCUACGUGGCUAAGAUGCGGAGCAAGAACGUGGGCUACAAGAAGAAGAAGCAGGAGCUGGACAGCCUGAAGGGCGAGUACGGCGUUCUGCAGAGAACCGAGGAGAUCCUCAAACAGAGACAUGACGCCGGCCUACAGCAGCUGCAGUCUGUGGAGGCCCAGAAGGGGAUCUCGGGCUACAGCAACACCCAGGAGGAGCUGGAGAGGGUCUCGGCCAUCAAGAGCGAGCUGGACGAAAUGAAGGGACGCACCCUGGACGACAUGUCUGAAAUGGUGAAGAAGCUGAACUCUGUGAUCGUGGAGAAGAAGUCGGCCCUGGCUCCCCUCAUUAAGGAGCUGAGACCCUUGCGGCAGCAGUGCCAGGAAUUGACUCAGGAGUACGAGGAGAAGAAAGGCCAGUAUGACACCUGUGCUGCCGGUCUGGAGAGCAACAGGUCCAAACUAGAACAGGACGUCCGAGCUUUACGAGAGGAGGUGGACCAGGAGGAGAACCGAUACUUCUACAUCAACUGCAUGAAGGAGAUAAUUGAGGUGCAGUUGCAGAGAGCUGCUGAUGAGAUGAAGGCAUAUGUCUCCUCCGAUCCUCAGGAGAGAAGGAAGACUCUCAGGGACCAGUACAUGAAGCACAUAACGGAACAGGAGUCCUUGGGCAAGAAACUGCGUGAGCAGCAGAAGGUGGUGCGUGAGAGCCACGGCCCCAACAUGAAGCAGGUGAAGAUGUGGAAGGACCUGGAGCAGCUGCUGGAGUGCAAACGCCACUGCUUCCUGCGCGCGCAGAGCCAGGCCUCCAUCGGACAGGUCAUCCAGGAGGGAGGAGAGGACCGCCUGGUGCUCUGAGCACACACACACACACCCCAGGCCAGCCCAGCACUGUGCCCAACGGGGGGGGGGGGGGGGGGGGGGGGGGUUGUUGAUGGCUGCUGUCCGUCGCCUGCCACAGUUAACAUGGCCAUGGUUUAUUUAUCAGUUGUAAUCCACUCCAUCCACUUUUGAUUCUGUUCUAUGAAAGCAUUUAUCAGUUUCCCGUCUCGUCGUUGUGUUAUACAAAGGCCCUCCUUGUGAAAUGGUGUUUUGCACACGUGAAUGAAGGAGGGUAUUGGGGGGGGGUGAGAGAGAGAGAGAGGGAGAGAGAGAAAAUGGGGGAGGGAGCGGUUUUAUCUGUGCUUUGGAGAGUCCUUCCGGUGCGGAUACGGCCGAGGUGCCGCGUGACGCUCAGACGGGGAGAGGCCGUCUCUGGAGGUGUCGGCCGGAUAAGUGGGUUAACCCUUCGCCGGACGCUCACCUCCGGCCGCGUCCUCCGCCUGCUCCGCUCUCUCACACACACACACACACACACACACACACACACACACACACACACACACACAGACACACACAGCAGAGCUGCUCGGCAGGCUAUUUUAGGAAACAACAGUGAUGACCUUGGGAAGAGGAGCUGUCCAAUUUUGGAAUUUGGCGGGACUCUGAGUUUGGGGGAGAGGGCCUGGAGAUGACCACUGCCCCCCCCCCCUCUUUCUUUCUCCUACCUGAAUUAAAUACUACUUCCUGCUCUCGUUACUUCUGCCAGACUCGUUACUUCUGCCAGAAUAUGUUGUAUUUUGUAUUUAAACAGUUAUCAAAUAAAGAGCUUACAAGUAA